AUGACUUCGCCUAUAAAGAGUAAUGUCGCUUUACGGUACUUGGAGUCGAUCAAUGAUUUAGGUGUUGACACUCCAAAUAGAUUACCAUUACAGCCUACUUUGAAGUACAAUUUGACACCUUCAAGACCUAAAAAGGAUCAGACCGAUGAACAAGACUUAGACAAAUUAGCAAAGCAAUUAAAUAUCAAUCCAACUACCAGCCCAUCGAAGACAGCAUUGCUCAGAAGCAGAUUUGAAUCACCUUCUGUUACUGUUUCUUCAUUCAAGAGUCCCCUGAGUAAAUCCAAUACAUCGGCCACGAGUAGCCGUAGUGGUUCUCCGGUAAGAAGAACUCCUUUAGAUGGGGACGAAGGUAAGAAAAUUUCUAGUGCUUUCAGGAAAGAUGCCUUUGACCUGAGCUCAACUAAGGGACAUUUGGAAACACCACUGUCGUUUAAAGAUAACAACAAGUUAUCUCCAUUGAAACAGAAAAUUAAUACCCCAUCCCCAAGUCAUACACCAUUUUUAUCUUCUCCAAGCAAUAAUACCUCUAAGGAUUCACCAGGGUAUGAGUACUUGUGUCGCAUAAUGGCAUUAAAGAAUUGGCUUGAGACAGUAUUGCAAGAACCAAUAACACAGGAGCCGGCUGAGUUGAUUUCUUAUAUUAGAAAUGGUAUUCACUUAGCUAAAUUAGCGAACGUUAUUUUGGAUUCUCAAAAGACUGUAUUCACCAACGAUUCUAAAUUACAAUUUAGACAUACUGAAAAUAUAAACCGAUUUUUUCAAUUGUUGGAGUAUUUGAAUGUUCCUGACCUAUUUAGGUUCGAGUUGACAGAUUUAUAUGAUGCCAAGAAUGUUCCAAAGGUCUGGUUCUGUUUGCAUGCAAUGAGUUACAUGCUCAAUAAGAUGGAACCUUCUUACCCACAGGUUGAGAAUUUGGUUCACCGAGUGGAUUUCUCAGGGGAAGAAAUUAGAACUGCCAAUAGAGCGUUAGUUGGUGCUGGCUUGCCUAACUUUUCAAGUGCUGACACAAGUGAUUCGUCGCCUUUGAAAGCCGGCCAGAGCAGUUACAUGAAUCGUGCUUUGGCGUCUUCAAAUAAACUUCAACCUUUAAAAGGUUUUAAUGCUGAAAAGAAAAUCGAUAAUGAAAAUCCAUUCAUGGAGAGGUCAGUGGCUAAUAAUGAGCUUCUUGUCAAACCUACGGACUCGAGUUAUUCACCACUCAAGAAGAAUGUCGAGCGUUACAAUUCUAGUAGACCUUCAACAUUAAAUUUUCAUUCUUCAACCUUAUCUCAUGACAUUGAUUAUAAGAGCAGUAAAUAUUAUACCCCUGAGGUAGAAGAACAUAUCGAAAAUGUUAAAAAGCUACAAGCGCUAGCUCGUGGGGCCAAUUUCCGUUACAGGAUGUUUGUUGAUCGUAUAAUGCUUAAGUCAUUUGGUGAUGAAUUGACUUAUUUUGUUUCAAUUAUGAGAGGGAAUAUGUCUCGUAAUAAGACCGUACAUAAGCACCGUGAUGAAUUAUUACUCUACAAGCAUGAACUAGUUGAGUUACAAUCUAUCAUAAGAGGCAGACUUUCCAAAUCUUCGAAUAACUAUGAUUUUAGUGGUUGCGAAAAUUCAUCGAGAAACUUGCAAGCUACAAUCCGUGGUUACUUGGAAAGAAAAAGAUUCAACACUAUAAAAUCUGCCUUGUUGGGAAGUUCAAGCUCCGUUAUUGAUUUACAGUCGGUUAUGAAAGCAAAAUUGAUUCGUCCAAAAGCUACUGUGCUCAUGAAACAUAAAGAUUCGAUUGAACCAUCUAUUCUAAAAUUUCAAGCAAUUUGCCGUGGAUGUUUAUUUAAAAGAUAUUCUAAGAGUAGUAUUAUUCAAAGUUUAUCCAAUGGUGGAGGUAUAGUUAAGUUACAAUCCUUGAUUCGGGGUCAAGUAAUUAGAAAUGAUAUAUAUAGGAAACGUAAAAUUAUUUCCAGAUCAUUGUCUAAUUUGUGUGAUCUCCAAAGUAUCGCAAGAGGUGGAAUUUCUAGAACAAGGUUAUGCAAUAAUGUGUUGAUUACUUUGAUUUACGAAGAUUCGGUCUUAAAUACUUUAUAUGCGAGAGUAAGGGGGAAUAACAUCAGGAAGGAAAUACAGAGAAAGAAAGAUAUUUUGAAAGAAAACGAAAGCAAAACUAUAUUACCUAUUCAAUCUAUAUUUAGAGGAAUUUUAUGCAGAUUUCAACGGGAGAUAAGAUUGGAAGACUUAUACUUUGACAUCGGCAAUAUAAUUAGCUUGCAGUCGAUUAUAAGAGGAAAAGCUAUUAGAGACGAAAUUACUUCUAUUGAAAAGUACUACCGUAUCAAUUCAGAUAAAGUGAUCAGAGCGCAAGCGAUCAUUAAGAGCAAUUUCACUCAGAGAGCUUAUAAGUCACUUAUUAAUAUGAAGAACCCCCCAUUGGCAGUUAUACAAAGAUUUGCAUAUUUGUUGACAGACAAUGAUAUGGAUUAUCAAGAGGAAAUGGAGUUGUCAGACUUGAAAGAUAAAAUAAUUGGAAAAUCGAAAAACAAUGAAGAUUUGGAACUACAAAUUGAAAAUUCCGAUAUUAAGUUGAGCUUAUUAGAUAAAAAUAAAAUUACUGUCGAAGAAUUUAUUAAGCAUAAGAACAAAUAUAAAACAUAUAAGCCUGCGGCCAACAAUGCCGUCAAUCUUCAAAAUAUAGCAAAGCUUAAUAAGUCAUCUAGGGAAAGAAUUGAUUUAUAUCAAACAAUGUUUUAUUUCCUUCAAACAAAGCCAGUAUAUUUUAUUAGAUUGUACAACAGUAUGCCAAUUGCCUCCAAAGAUUCCAAAUUUAACAAAGAUCUUCAAUAUUACAUUACCCUGAUGUUCCCAAUAAAGGAUUCAUCUAUUAACCAUCAUUCAAGAGAAGAAUUCUUCUUGAUUAAAUUCAUUUCCAGUAUGAUGAAAAAUGAUAUGGAAUAUAAUUGCAGAACUAUAAGCGAUAUUACAAAAUGUCAGGAGUGUUUUUGGAUAGAUUAUCUAUUACAGUUUAAUAAUCAUACUUACCAAAGACUUCAUUUAAAGAAUAUAAUGGGAAAGUCUAUCUCUCAUAUUAUUGAUAAUGAUGAACUUGACUUUGAAUCUGAUCCUUCUGAGAUUUAUUCUGAUGUUAUUGAAAGAGAAAUCAAAAUAAAUGGUUCAUCUGAUAAACUAGAACAUGUCACUUCACAAGUUGCCAUUAAAAAUCCUGAUGUCUCGGAUAGGUUUGUGAAAAACUUGAUGCAUUUAAGAGAAUUUUCCACUGAGGUUUUCAAUGUGUUGGAAAAAUCUAUUGAAAGAAUCCCAAUUCAUAUCAGGUUACUUUCAAAUAAUGCAUAUCGGUUAUCUCAGGUACAUUUCCCCGAGAAAUCAGAGCAACAGCAUUUAGCAGUUGCAGGAGUUGUAUUCAUAAAACAUUAUAUAUCAGCAAUAUUACAAUAUCCAGAAAAUUUUGGCUACUUGGCUAAAAGUCCAUUUAAUGCAUCAUUAUAUAAUGCUAAAGCUAAGGACAACCUCAAACACUUGAGCAGAGUAAUGUUACAGGUAUUUUCUAUGAAGCCGUUUAGUGAUAAUUAUUUGAAACCUUUAAAUGAUUAUGUUAUUUCAAUGAAUGGUAUGAUUAAGAAAAUGGUGUCUAGAUUGAUAGAUGUUAAAAGCAUUGAAGACGAAUAUGAAUUGAACGACUACGAUGAUAUUGUGACUCAUGAAAGACCUAAAUUAAGUAUGAAGGUAAGUGAUAUGAUUAUGAUUGAAAAAAUAGUAAGUCAAAAUGUUGACGUGAUGGCACCAAGUUCUGAUGACCAAUUAUGUGAUAUAACUUCUAGAUUAGAAGAUGUCGUAAAUUCUGCUGAUGAUUUUGUGACUUUAACAGAAUUGGGUAUCGUAACUUUGAAUUUAAACCCAACUACAAAGGAAGAUUCACUAGCAGAUUCCAAGGUACUAUCAUUGAUUUCGCAAGCAAAAAGGUGCAUAUUAUAUAUUAUUAGAAUUCAAGAAGGAAGUGGCUUGUUGGAGUUGCUUAUUUCUGGUAUUAAACCUCAGCAUGAAGCUAAAUUUAAGGAAAUUGUCAGCGUUGAAAGAAAGGAAAUAGAGGAGGCCAGUACCAAUAUCAAAAGGAGACCAUACUAUAAGACGUCAUUAGGUAAUUUAUCUUCAUUGACAUAUCAUGAACUAAAGAAAAUGGCAUUGGAGAUCAUCUUGAAAUUAGAAUCUAUGGGUGUCCUAACAAGAAAGAACGCUUUCCAAGAGAUUCUUAAUCAGAUAGCAAUAGAUAUUAAGACAAAACAUUCUCAAAGGGUUAAUCGUAAAGCUCAAUUAGAAAUUGCUAGUAAGACACAGAAGAAGUUACUAGAUAAAGAAAAAUUUUUAACAAAACAACUAUCUGAUUACAAUCAGCAUAUUGACAAUGUUUUAUCAGAAUUGCAACUGAAAUCAAAGGACAAAAAGUUAUUUAAUAUUAUUCCAGUAUUUAGUAAACAAUACUUUUACCACAGAGAGUUAAAGAAAUCAAACAGACUUCCGAAAUUUGGUUCUUACAAGUAUUCUGCUAAGAAAUUAAUAGAUCAAGAAAUAUUGAUUGAUUUUGGUGGUCUCAUGAGCCAACGUUAUUCAUCAUCAUCAAAAUUAGAUUUCAUGUUCAGUUGUCAUGAAGUAGGAAAGUUUACAAUUGAAGCUGCCACAGGGUCUGUAAAUAUUCCCGGGGCUUACAAUUCAGUUACUAUUGAUCAAUUAUUGAAUCUUCAGUAUGAAAAUAAAGAGAAAUUCGAAUUAUUUGAUGGUAUGGUAAUAUUCGAUACGCAUAAUUUAACUGGUUUCAUUUUCAGAAAAUUUUAUGAUAUUAGAAGAGACUAA